CAACGCCUCUGUCUUUUCCGGUUAUACCGUAGCGUGUGUGAGGAUGAAGCAAAUUGUAACCAACCAGACUGUAAAAAUACCUGAGGGAUUGACUGUUACAGUUAAAUCCCGUUUGGUUACUGUUAAAGGACCUAGAGGUGUGCUAAAACGUUCUUUUAAACACCUUGCUCUUGAUAUCCGUAUGGUAAAUCCAAGGUUAUUAAAAGUUGAGAAAUGGUUUGGAACAAAGAAAGAAUUAGCAGCUGUUCGUACAGUUUGUUCUCAUAUUGAAAAUAUGUUGAAGGGAGUGACUAAAGGAUAUCAAUACAAAAUGCGAGCUGUGUUUGCUCACUUCCCCAUUAACUGUGUUAUUACUGAAAAUAAUACAGUUAUUGAAAUUCGUAACUUCUUAGGUGAAAAGUAUAUCCGCCGUGUAAAGAUGGCACCAGGAGUGACUGUUACAAAUUCAGCUAAACAAAAAGAGGAACUUAUAAUAGAAGGAAAUUCUUUAGAAGAUGUUUCUCGAUCUGCUGCUCUUAUACAACAAUCGACAACUGUAAAAAACAAGGAUAUUAGAAAGUUCUUGGAUGGUAUCUAUGUGUCUGAAAAAACUACAGUUGUACAAGAUGAUGAAUAAAUGUUAUUCACAAUGUGAA